GCAGAGCAAGCCCCGGAAUCGUCCCUCCUUCCGGCAGACACUGAUGCACCUGGAUAUCGCAUCUGCUGACGUGCUGGCUACUCCUCAGGAAACCUAUUUCAAAUCACAGGCUGAAUGGAGAGAAGAAGUGAAGAAACAUUUUGAGAAAAUUAAAAGUGAAGGAACUUGUAUCCACCGGCUAGAUGAAGAAUUGAUUCGUCGUCGAAGAGAGGAGCUGAGACAUGCAUUGGAUAUCCGCGAACACUAUGAGAGGAAGCUGGAGCGAGCCAAUAACUUAUACAUGGAGCUCAGUGCUAUUAUGCUGCAGCUGGAGGUCCGUGAGAAGGAGCUCAUAAAGAGGGAACAAGCAGUGGAAAAGAAAUACCCUGGGACUUACAAACGCCACCCAGUCAGACCAAUAAUCCACCCCAAUACAGUGGAGAAGCUGAUGAAGAGGAAAGGGGUCUCCCAUAAACCAGGCAGCCAGACUAAACGGCCAGAUCUACUGAAGUCAGAGGGCAUACCCAGCACAGAAGCAGCAUCCAAUGGCUCGCCAGUCUCAGGAAGUCCCAAAAUGUCAACACUGAGUGGCAAAAGCCGCUACCGCAGUAAGCCACGUCACCGCCGAGGGAACAGCAAAGGCAGCUACAAUGAUUUUGCAGGGAUCUUGAAAAACCAGCCAGUGCAAGAUGAUGCACCCCCACCUCCACCUCAUAAUCAUUCUCAUCAUCCCGGCCUACCGCAGCAACAUGGCCACAGCCAUCCCCAUGGCCAUCACUCACGGCUUCAUGCCCACGGACAAGAUAUUGCCAACUGCGCAAACAACUUAAGGUACUUUGGCCCCGCAGCAGCGCUGCGGAGCCCUCUCAGUAACCACGCGCAAAGGCGGAUGUCUGGUUCCAGCCCCGAUCUCAUCUCCGCUGCCAUGGAAGCAGAUUGCCGAAGGAAUCUGGAGAGCAAAGAAAGCAAAGCUGAUCAUUGGGAGUGUUGCAAAACAGAUCCAUAUAAUUCCUGUCUUCAGUGCAGGGAAGAGGACAGUGGUCAGGUACAGAUGUCAUCUGUUGAAACAGGGAUGAGCCAUUCUCAGUCACCAACAUCUGCUUCCCUAUACGAAAAUGCACAGUUCAUUGAGAAGAUGGAGGAAGAGGGCUUCAGCAACUGUAAGUCAGCGUCCGCCCUAGGCACUCCUCAGCACAUGGCUUCCUCAGUGCUACCUUGCAAAGCAAGACCCCUUCAAAAGAGCGGUGAUGACUCUUCAGAAGAGGAAGAGGGCGAAGUAGACAGUGAAGUGGAGUUUCCUCGUAGACAAAGACCUCACCGCUGCAUUAGUAGCUGCCAGUCCUACUCAACCUUCAGCUCGGAGAACUUCUCUGUGUCAGAUGGAGAGGAGGGGAACACAAGCGAUCAUUCGAACAGCCCAGAUGAGCUGGCCACCAAGCUGGAAGAUGAGCUGGCUGAGAAGCUGGAGGACAUGUUGUCCCAGACUCCAGAGAUCCCCAUUGAAAUCUCCACCCAGUCUGAUGGGCUUUCAGACAAAGAGUGUGCUGUGCGAAGAGUCAAGACUCAGAUGUCUCUGGGCAAACUUUGUGCAGAUGAACACAGCUGUGAGAACCCAGCACAGUUUGGAGAAUCAGACUGUGACUCUUCUGAAGGGGAGUGUUCUGAUGCCACAGUCAGGACCAAUAAGCCCUGCAGCUCUGCUACUUGGAAGAGAAGAUGCUUCUCCUUCCCACCCCAGGAGUGAUUUGCAAUAACCUGAAUCUCUGGAAAAUGUCCAAAUGAAAUUAAUUCUCUUUGAGCAUUUCAAUCAAGAAUGGCAGGGAUGUAUUUUAUUGAAUAAUCUAGUUACUGUAACAUGGAUAUUUAUUUUUUUGACAUUUUAACACUUUUUACUGUAAAGAGUGGAUUGUAUUUAUAGACACACAGACUUGUUGCAAAAAAAAAAGUUCAGAAAGCAAGCACACUACAGAGAACAUCCUGGGAGUCCUGCCUGGACAGCUUUGUGUACAAACACGGGGGGAUUCUCUUGCUGCUUUCACAGGGGACCAGGCCUCGUGGCCCUGAAGAAUGGAGAACAGAUCAAGAAAACUAAACCACUCAGUCUUAU